CAAACUCACCAAAUUAGUAGGAAAACACAUGCAGGUACCACAUGCUCACAUUGAUUAUCAAAGGUUAAUCAUGAAUUGCAUUAUACCUAUAUAUAUAGAGUUAAGUGCUUGGUGAAAGCACAAAAACAUCGAGCUUCCUUUGAGAAAAAGAAAAACAGAAAAAGAGUUACCAUGGCAAACAAGUUCCAUGUUCGCUCAAACAGUUUCCCUACUGGAUCUCAUCCUAGCAUCAGUAGAAUAGAGGAAGAGCUGAACAAGCUAAAAACUUGGGAAGCCAGUUCCACAUCCACAUCAAACUCAAUAGGCACUGGCUUGUCCUUGUUAUCAGAUUUGCAUAUUUUCUUGGAAGAUAUUCUCAACAUGGCUUCAACCCAGAAGCUGAUUUCUAACCAUCAGGGUGAGAAAUGCAUAGAAGAGCUUCUAGAUGGUUCAGUGAGAAUUUUGGACAUCUGUGACAUCACAAGGGACACCUUGUUACAGAUUAAAGAAAAUGUUGAAUCCCUUCAUUCUGCUCUCAGAAGGAGAAAGGGGGAUUCGAGCAUUGAAAGAAUU